CUCAGAUUCUCAUCGUCGAAAUUGACCAAGAAGCAACCAGACGGCACGGAUCUUUGCAUCCUUUCCUGGACAACCUCCUCUCAAAAAAAGACAAGAAAACAAAAAAUGAGCGAGAAAAUUAGAUGACGCAAAGGAAAAAUCUGGGAGCAGGGGAGGAAGAACCGGAGCAAAAAUCCAAUCUUGGGGUUGGGAGGAGAGGAAAAAAUGGCGCUUUCAGUUUCAGGGACGAUUCAGUCAGCACGUCGGCGGUGGUGAGGAAGGUGGGGGAUCGGGCCGUGAGAUGGUGGCGGAGGUGGUGGUGAUCCGGAGGAAUCAUCGUCGUCGUUGUUGGGUUGGAACCUCAUCGUCCAAGAACCUGCCUUGAUCUUGCGGGCUUCGUUCUCGCUCCAGUUCUUCUGAUCCAGCUAGCAGCUUCUUAGCAUGUGAGAGUAAUGGCGGCUGCUGAAACAAGGGCUGCUUGGCAACGCGCUGCUAACCGCUGCCUGGUUCAAGAAGAUGCAAAGAGAGCUCCAAAGCUUGGUUGCUGCCUGCCAUCCGCGCAACAGAAUGAGAUGAACAAUGGCCCCACAAAUCCGCAAGAUUGCCAUAUCCCCAACUUUAUGCCUUUAAAUUGGAAUGCAAUGAACUCCAAUCUGCCAAAAGAUACCCAAUGGUGGCUUCAGUUGCAGCCCAAUUUUGGGUGCCAGAAUUUGCUUGCCAGCGAGGACCUGAAUUAUAUGUGUGGGGACGUUGGUCUAAAGAAAGUGGACAGUUAUGCACCAGUGUCCAAACUCGAGGACACUAAUCCUAAGAAAACAGCUGAUCCUUUUGAGCCUCCAUGGAUCGUUUCUACAGCUUUUAUGAAGCAAACAUACGAGACAAGUUUUGAAGAUCUCAAGAGCCUUCCUGCCUAUUCUGAAAUGACUCUCAAGUGCAGAGGAAGUGCUACCAGCUAUCUUCACGAGGAUAAAGAACAUAUGGACUUCAAAACUUUUGAUCCUUUGUAUCCAAAGAAACCACAGAUGGCAUGUUAUGAGAGGAAUGCACCUUGGCAAGAAAACAAGAAGUCUCAGCCAUGGUGGCAGGUAGCUGAUGCAGAUGGUUUGGCUUCACUAGCUGCAAUGCCGAACAUAGACAAAAAUGAGCUUCCAAGACCUGACCUGCGCUCUCAUGGUUCGGAAUUAAACAACCACGAAAGCAAGGAUGAUUAUGGACCUUAUGCUGGCAAAGAAUCACAUCCUGCACAGUAUGACACUAUGCUGUGCAGUUAUAGCGUUUCAAGCACCAAUGAGACAAAUUCAUCUGAUAAUGGAGGCUGGCAACGUCAAAGGAAUGAUGCGCAUGGGGCUACACAGGAUUCUUAUAGUUCUGAUGAUCGCACACCAGGCAGCAAGCCAACAUAUCAUAGUGCCGCUGAGAGGGCCCAGUUGCUGGAUGCGCUCCGUCAUUCACAAACACGUGCCAGGGAGGCUGAGAUGGCUGCCAAGAAAGCUUAUGAUGAGAAAGACCAUGUCAUCAAGCUAUUACUCCGCCAGGCCUCUCAUCUGUUCGCGUGCAAGCAAUGGCUGAAAAUGCUGCAGUUGGAGAACAUAUGCCUCCAGCUCAGGUUCAAGGAGCACCAGAUAGCAGCCAUGUUCCCUGAACUCCCCUGGAUCAUGCUCAAAGAGAAGGUGCCAACAGAGCAGGAACGCAAGAAGAAAGGCAGGAAGCAGAACAAGGAUGGUCACUUGCGCAAAGCGGUCGUGUUUGCAGUCGGUGUAGGCAUUGUUGGUGCUGGACUGCUUCUCGGCUGGACUCUCGGGUGGCUGUUGCCCAGGCUGUAAGUUGCAUUACCAUCUUACCAGUACCACCAUGACUAGAUUAACGCCUAGCACGUCGCUUGGAUCGAAUAGGUGAUAGAUAAAAGCUUCAGGUAUGUGCUUCAUGAGGUAGAAGAAUGAAGAUCAUAAUCUUGGAGCUCAUUCAUAUCUGUUCUGUUGGUUUGGAAGCCUUGCUGAUAAUAUUUUUCAUAUCUUCAUGUACAUAUAGGUGAAAUUUGCUGUAUAUAUUUGCCAGAAACUGGGUACUUCUGUAUGUUGCAUGCGUUUGUCUGAACGUUGUACAUAUAUGGAUGGGGUCAGUGGUGGUGGAACUGAAAAAAAUCCGUCGACAUCAACAAUGUAUAAAACAAGUACUAUUUGUUAGUUGCUGGAUUAGAUUAGCCAGCUCUUGUUUGUAAUAUAAAGGCCUAUGCCUUAGCACGUUUGAGAUAAUAUGAAUUUCCAUUUGCCAAAUUGGUGUUUUUCUUUUUC